ACUUUAGUUGUUGACAUGUGUAAACCUCAGUUGUAAACGUUGUAAACAAUGGCUCUCUCGAGUCUUUCACAAGUUUUCAUUUAUUAUUAAUAAGGUUAUUAACAAAACUAUUAUAUUUGACAUAACUAAUCAACAUUUAUUUCAUCUCCAGUGAAAAAUUUCUAUUGUACAUAAACCUGCGAUUUUUUUUUAAUAUUAUAAACAUAAAAAUCUCUUUGAAAAUGUGCAAUAUUUAUACAUACAUACAAGUCAAUUAUUACUCAAUUACAAAUAAUAAGAAAUUUUAACGCAAGUAUAUUUCAUCAAAUACCAAAUUAUUAUUAUUCUUCUUAAACAAAAGUAAAGGAAAAAAAUCCAAAAUGCAAAAUUCGAAGAAUUUAAAAAUCUCAACGUCGAAAAUAAAAAAUACUUUUCAUCGUGAUAAAGAGAAUAUUGUGAAUAAAAUUUCAAAAGAAAAUACCAAAGAAGAAUCACUUCUCUUUAAGAGAACUGUGAGGAGGAAAAGAAAUGAAUCAAAAAGAGCUGUGAAAUUAAAUUUAAAUCUUCAAGAGAGAAAUAUUUUGGAGGAAGAAAAUGAAUUGAUUUCGCCACUUGGAAAUGAAAGUUCAACUAGUAAUAAUGAUUUUAAUACUAAUAUAUAUUUUGCCUCCACUCAAGAAGCUUCCAAUUGUACGACAAUUGAUUCACAGGGUUUUUCAGAUCAAUUGAAACUUUCCAAUUGGGGUUUACCUCGACAAAUCCUCAAGAAAUACGAAUCAAGAGGAAUUAAGUCAAUGUUUCCCUGGCAAGUUGAAUGUCUGUCGAAUGAACGAAUUGUAAGAGAAAAUAGAAAUCUUGUUUAUUCAGCUCCAACAUCGGCUGGAAAAACUUUAGUUGCUGAGAUUUUACUUUUGAAAACAGUAUUGGAACGAAAGAAGAAGGCAAUUUUUAUUUUGCCCUUUGUUUCGGUUGUUCGCGAGAAAAUGUUUUACUUUCAAGAUUUACUUUCGGACAGUGGAAUUCGAGUUGAGGGAUUUAUGGGAAGUGUAAUUCCCGCUGGUGGAUUUCAAUCUGUAAAUAUUGCAAUAGCAACAAUUGAAAAAGCAAAUUCAUUGAUAAAUCGUUUAUUAGAGGAAGAAGAUUUGAUGUCAAUUGGUGCAGUUGUUAUUGAUGAACUUCAUCUCUUAGGGGAUCCAAAUCGUGGAUAUAUUUUAGAACUUUUACUCACGAAACUCAGAUACAUAACACUCAAAUAUGAAGAUAUCAAGAUACAAUUAAUAGGAAUGUCCGCAACUCUUCCAAAUUUAUCGAUGUUGGCUGAUUGGUUGGAUGCGGAAUUGUAUAAAACAGAUUUUCGACCUAUUCCACUGGAUGAGCAAUGCAAGAUUGAGACGAUAAUUUAUAACCGAGAGCUGGAAUUAAUAAGGGAAUUACCAGUGAUACCGGAAAUAAGAAACGAUGUUGAGAAUAUUAUUCAACUCUGCAUUGAGACUAUCGAAGGUGGCCAUGGUGUAUUAAUAUUUUGUCCCACAAAAAAUUGGUGUGAAAAAUUAGCUCUGCAGGCGGCUUCGGCAUUUUUUAACAUAGGUCGUUCGAAUUCACAUUUAGGUCAGGUUUUGCAAACAACUUUAGAUGCAACGGCAAUUUUUGAAACUCUAGAGCAACUUAAACGAACGCCAACUGGUUUGGAUAGUGUUCUAAAAAAUACAGUUUCUUUUGGAGUUGCUUUUCACCAUGCGGGACUGACUAUCGACGAACGUGACAUCAUUGAAGGAAGUUUUAGAACUGGCUCUUUAAAAGUUCUCGUGGCAACUUCAACAUUAAGCACAGGAGUUAAUUUGCCAGCGAGAAGAGUUAUAAUUCGAUCGCCUUGUUUUCAUGGAAAACCAUUGGAUACUCUCUCCUAUCAGCAGAUGAGCGGACGCGCUGGUCGCAUGGGAAAAGAUACUGCAGGGGAAAGUAUUCUUAUUUGUAAAUCAAAUGAGAAGGCAGUUGCUGUAACUUUAUUAACUGCUUCACUGAAGCCGAUAGAAUCUUGUCUGGAAGAUUCUGGACCAUUAAUGCGAUCUCUUCUCGAAGCAAUUGCUAGUGAUAUUGUACGAACGCCUGAAGAUCUUGAUUGUUACAUAAAAUGUACUUUUAUCAAUUUACAAGAGGAAGGCGAGGGUUCAAUUUCCAAUGCAGUGAAGGAAGCUGUUCAAUUUUUAGUGAUUAACGAAUUUCUAAUGUUGCAGGAGAGUGAAGAGGAGCAUUUGAAAAGAUGGAGUGCAACUGCACUUGGAAAAGCAUGUCUCUCGGCUUCAGUUCCUCCCAAGGAGGGAUUAUUUCUCUUUGAGGAAUUACUAAAGGCACGAAAGUGUAUCGCUUUAGACACGGAAUUACAUGUUGUUUAUUUGGUGACGCCUUAUAAUUCAGGAUCGCAAAUUGGUCAAAUUGAUUGGAUGAAUUAUUUAGAAAUGUGGUCGACAUUGUCCGAACCAGAGAAAAGAGUCGCCAAACUUGUAGGUGUUGAGGAACGAUUUUUACUGACUGCAGUCAGAGGAAGUGUCGCACCAGGCAAAAGUCUAAAUAUUCAUAAGAGAUUUUACACUGCACUCGCUCUCUACGAACUUGUGAGAGAAAUACCUCUACACAAGGUUUGUAAAAAAUUUGGUUGCGGUCGCGGAUUGCUUCAAAGUUUACAACAAUCGUCUUCAACUUAUGCAGGAAUGAUCACCAGUUUUUGUAAGCAAUUAAAUUGGAAUAGUAUGGAAUUACUAGUUGCUCAAUUUCAAACACGAUUACAAUUUGGAGUCAGCAGGGAUUUAAUGGACUUGUUACGACUUCCAAGUUUAAAUGGCCUUCGAGCAAGAAGCCUUUAUAAAGAAGGAAUAACUAGUGUUGUUGAAUUAGCAGUCGCGAGCGAACUUGAAAUCGAACGAGCUUUGCACAAAGCUCUUCCGUUUGAAAGUGAAAGGGAACAGAAUGGAGAAGGACAAUUUGAACUUGCGAGACAAAAUAAAGUGAGAACAACAUUUAUUACUGGAAAAGAUGGUCUCACUACUCGUGAAGCGGCUUUACUUUUAAUUCGAGAAGCUCGAACUCUUCUUCAAAAUGAAUUAGGAGUCCGUGAUGUGCAAUGGGAGGAGAAGCCCCCGAGCGUAAUAAAAAUUUCGCAAGGAAGCAAUAUUUCUAAUUCAGAAAAACACCAAUCGAGUAGUGAAAAUCAGGAAAAAAUCGAUGGUGAUAAUCAACUGACACUAAACACUAAAAAUUCAUCAAAUCUUACCAAUAAAAAAAUAGAUAUUUCCAAAAAUGAUAAAAAUAUUACAAGAAAUAAACAAGAAUUGACAAUCGAAAGGACAAAAAUUUCACAAAAAUCCCCGAGAAAUGAGGAUAUUGAAGAAAGUCGUCACUUUAUUCUCGAACCAUUGGUUUUAUCAGAAAAUACUAUUCUGCCAAUUUCACAAAAAAGUGUUUACGAACAUAUUGACAAAGACGUGGAAAGCGCUUUAGAAGAGAUAAUUGUCAAUAAUAUUUUACUAGAGAAAGAAAAUGAAAAUAUUAAUCACGAAUCUUUCGAAAGUCCAAAUUUAUUCGACAGCGAAUAUUCAGUCAACGAUUGUAGUGCUUUAGAACAAAAUGUUUUGGGUUCAUUACGUCUCUCUGAUUUUGAAGCAACGAAUGUCUCGUCAAGAAAACAAUCAUUGCCGUCAACACAAUCAAAUAAUCAAGAAACUAAAACAUCAGAAACAAACGAUUCACCAAAAUUGAAUUCUUGUUCAAUUCAAGAAAAAGUCCAAUUGAACGAAAAUUUCGUAGCUAUUGAUUUAGAAACAACAUUCUUCGAGGGAAGUGCAUUUAACACAAUUUUAGGAGAAAAUAAAGUUAAUUUAAACGUAGGAAAUAUUCACGAAUCAUCAGAAAUUCGUGUAUCCGAUUUUGAAUUAACAGCACCCGAGAAACGUAAUUCAAUUCCCAAAAAUUUGGAAAUUACCACCGAAAAUGUACCCGAUAUUUCUGGAAUUCGAAUUUCUGAUUUUGAAGUGACACUCACUCAAAAUAAAUCAAAAGAAAAAUUACAAGAAGAGAAAGAAAUUGAAAAAGUUUUAGAAACUUGGACAAAAUCGGAUAUUUUUACAAAUUCAGAAAAUCAUUUAGAAGAUCAUCAAAGAAUUAACAAUCAAAUUGAAAACGAAAGUAAUAAAAAUUAUCUCUCAGGAAUAAAUGCCUCCGACUUUGAUAUAACAGACAAAAAUGACGAUACUGUACUCUUAAAAACAGACGCCAGUGAUUUAAAUAUAAGCAUUUUAUCUAAAUGUUCCUUGAAUACAACUUUAAAAACAACAAAAGAACUUUUGUCCGGAAUUAAUUUAUCCGAUUUUCUAAUAAGCAAACCGCCAACGAUUAAUGUAGGAAAAACUGAUCGAAUUACCGAAAAUCAAGCCGAGAGUAUAAAACAAAGUGUAAGACAAAGUCAAAAAGAAACAUCGAAAAAAAUUACUAAAGAAAUUUCCAAUUUAUCGAGAAUCAAAUCAAAUAUAAAUAUGAAUAACUUGGAAAUAACGAAAGUUAAAGUCGUUGCGAAAAAUUCUCAAGAGGCAAAAACAAAACCCGAUAGUUUAUCAUUUUGGGAUCAAGAUUCUUGGGACGGUGUUCAAAUGAAAAGAGCAAUUUGUGGUGAGAAGAGAAAAAAUGAAAAUGGUACAAAAAAUGAAAUAUUGACGAAAAAAAAAAUUGUGACGAAAGAUGUAAGAAAAGGAGGGAAAAGUACAAUCGGAAAGAGAAAAUUUUCCGUAGCGGAAGGUUCUCCGAUUGAAAUUCAAAGCAGAAAAUUUUCCGUCGCCGAAGGUUCUCCAAUUGCGAGUAUUGAAACAUUCGCCAAACGUCGUACUUCCAUCGUAACAAGUGAUUCAGAUUCCGAAGAUAUGUUCGUAUUUCAAAAAAAGAUUAAAGCCUCCUUACGAACACUAAUUAAUAAUACAAAUUCUGAGAAAAUUGAGCCGAGAAAUUUGGCAAAAACAGAUUUUUCAAAAGCAGGACCAAGUAAAAUUGAAAUGAAAAAAACACGUAAAACAUCCGUUGAAAAAUUAAUUCGAUCAAAUUUAACAAGUGCUUCGAGUUAUGAUGAUAGUAUCGUAUUUUCUGAUGACGAUGAUGAUGAUGAUGAUGAUGAUGAAAGUACAAUAGAAAAAUCAGUAGAGAAAAAAAUCCCCAAAUUAUCCAACAGUCGAAAUAAUCGUGAAAAAUGGAAACCCGCUAAUAUUAUAUCGAGUAAAAAAAAAUUAACACUUUUGAAACAAAAAUUAAUGAAACGAACGGACAUUGCAUUGUCAAUUCAUUGUGAAACAAUAGUUGAAGAUAAGGUUAUUAUUGGCGCGAGAAUUCUUGGCGUUGAAAAUAAGGAAAAUGAAAAAAAGAUGAAACAUGAGAAAUUUAUUUACAAAGAUAAAAAAAUUUGCGGAGUAGCAAUUUCAUGGGGAUUUCAAGCUCUUUAUUAUAUUCCACUUGACAAUGAACCAGAGAUAAAAGUAACAGUUAAGGAACGUGUAAAUUUUUUAAACGAAAUUUUGACGAACUCUUUGAUGAAUGUUCGAUGUCUUUUAUCGAGAAAACUUUACAAAUUAUUUUAUCUUUGUUGUGGAAUAAUUUCUUCUUGUAAAUUUAUUGAUCCAUCUGUUGCUGAUUGGACACUAAAUUCUGAGGGAAAAAACAAAAAUAUGAAUUAUUUGGUGGCAAAAUAUUAUCCCAUAGCUCAUGAAUAUUACGAAAAUCGUAAUGUACUACAAGAAAAUUAUGAGUUUACUGAAAAUGAAUCAACCAAGGAGGCUGUACUAAUUUGGUACAUUACGGACGUAAUUUUAAAGCAAUUACAUGAAAAGAGCACCACAUUGCUAACCACGUUUAAAGAUGUGGAAAUGGAAGUUUUGACUGUUUUGGGCCGAAUGGAACUUAGAGGUUUGGGUAUUAAUUUGCCAGCUUUGAAUGAAUUGUCCGACGUUAUUAAACGAGAAAUGUCACUUUUAGAAAAAAGAGCAUUUUACAUAGCAGGGAAAAAAUUUAAUUUCAUGUCUUCAUCAAGCGUCGCCCAAAUUUUAGGAAUACAGAAAGGAAAACGUACUUCGACCAGUAAAGCUGUUUUGGAACAGUCCAAUCAUCCAGUUGCCAAAUUGAUCAUAUCCUGGAGGAAAUUAAGCACUCUUCAAUCAUUGGUGGUGAUUCCGUUGUUGAAUGAGGCAGAAAAUUCGCGUAUUCAUGGCACCCACAUAAAUCACACUGUAACAGGAAGAAUUUCAAUGCAAGAACCAAAUCUUCAAAAUAUCCCUAAAGAUUUUAAUUCCGAGGAUAAUACAUUUGUGAUAAGCAUUCGAAUGGCUUUUAUUCCAACAGCUGGAAAUAUUAUGCUUUCCGCCGAUUAUUGUCAACUUGAACUUCGUGUUCUUGCACAUUUUUCCAACGAUUCAGUUCUUCAUUCAAUUAUGAAACAGGAGGGAACUGAUAUUUUCAAAAGUAUUUCUGCAAAAUGGAACAACAUCGAUGAAAAUAUGGUUGACGAUAAAAUUCGACAGAGAACAAAGCAGCUUUGCUAUGGAAUGAUUUAUGGAAUGGGAACAAAAUCACUAGCUGAAAGUUUAUCGGUUACUGAAGAUGAAGCUAAAGAAUUUUUGGAAACUUUUAUGAGAACAUAUAAAGGAAUUCGCUCUUGGCUAUCGAGUGUCGUUGAACGAGCUCGUAUCGAUGGUUAUGUAACAACAAUAACAAAACGAUGUCGAAUAAUUCCAGGCAUAUGGAGCGAGAAUAGAUCUGAAAAAUCACAAGCUGAACGACAGGCAGUAAACACGAAGAUUCAAGGAUCAGCGGCAGAUAUUGCUAAAAAAGCAAUGGUUCUCAUUGAUAAAAAAUUACAGGAAGAAUUUCCAAGCAGUCCUGUUAUUUUUCCUGCUCCGCGUCCGAGAAGAAAAUUGCGAAAUUCAGGAUCAAACUGCGAUUUUAAAGGAGCCUAUCUCGUUUUACAGUUACAUGAUGAAUUAUUAUUUGAGGUAAAUGCAAAGGAUUUACAUCAUGUUGCUGCUUUAGUAAAAGAAUCAAUGAAAAAGGCGUAUUCUCUCGAAGUGCCACUACCAGUAAAAUUGAAAGUUGGUCCAGCAUGGGGCGAUCUCAAGGAAUAUAAUUUUUAGAAAACAUCUCAAUUUAAUGAAAAAAUUUAGAAAAUUUUGAUCAUUCGAUUUACCAUUUACAAUUUUUUUUUCUCUUUUAAAAGAAACAGGCAAACAUGAUUUUUCGAU